CACGCAUUUCUCUCAGUGGCGCCGCAAUCGAUACACACAUUUUGGGUUUGGGUCUUGAAAAAUGGCUGACAACGAGGAUGAUACGGUGACCGGAGAUCCACAAAAUUAUGAUUUAAAUCAAAAAGCAGAUGGGCCUGCAAAAGCUCCUCUGUCUAAGAGCGCAAAGAAGAGGAGAAGGAAAAAUGAAGCAGCGCAAGCCAUUGAAGAAGCUAAGCAGGAGGAGGGCCGUGGCAGUAUAUCCAUUGAAGGAAUCAAAGCAGCAAUGGAGAUGCUAACUAUGCAACACAAACCGGCAAAAACUCAAGAAGAGGCCCUACAAAAGCAAUACCAAUUUUGGAACACACAACCGGUUCCCAAGAUGGACGAGAAAAUAACAAGCAAUGAACCGAUUGAAGACGAUAAAAGUCUGAAGGAGAUCAGACAAGAGUCAUACUCGCUGCCAGACGGAUUCCAAUGGGAUACCUUAGACCUCAACGACCCCCUUGUUCUGACUGAGCUGUACACGUUGCUGAAUGAAAAUUAUGUAGAAGAUGAUGACAGCCUGUUCAGAUUUGAUUACCCACAAGAUUUCUUGAAAUGGGCCCUUCAACCUCCUGGUUGGCUGCCUCAGUGGCAUUGUGGAGUAAGGGUGACAAAAAAUAAUCGCCUGGUUGGAUUCAUAUCGGCCGUUCCAGCGUCCAUCCGCAUCUAUGAAAAAGUUCAGCGUAUGGUGGAGAUCAACUUCUUGUGUGUGCACAAGAAACUGAGGUCAAAGCGGGUGGCGCCUGUGCUGAUCAGAGAAAUCACCCGCCGUGUCAAUCAGCAAGGCAUUUUCCAAGCAGUGUACACGGCAGGAGUGGUUUUGCCAAAGCCGGUGGGUGCUUGCCGCUACUAUCACCGCUCACUCAACCCGAAGAAACUGAUAGAAGUCAAGUUCUCGCAUCUUGCCAGAAAUAUGACUCUGCAGCGCACACUCAAGCUCAACAAACUGCCCGACAUGCCAAAGACCGAGGGUUUCCGUAUUCUCACUCUCCAAGACUUGGACAAAACCCACGCCAUUUUGGAUAAGUAUUUGGAGAGUUUUGAUUUGGCUCCAGUGUUCUCGAAAGAAGACUUCAAACAUUGGUUUCUGCCCAGAGCAGGAAUUGUGGAUGCCUAUGUGGUUGAAAAGAACGGAAAAAUCACAGACUUUGUGAGCUACUACACUCUCCCUUCCACCGUUAUGAACCACCCCAUACACAAAUCUCUAAAAGCGGCCUACUCAUUCUACAAUGUGAGCACCACCACUCCUCUAAUUGAUUUGAUGAAUGAUGCCCUUGUCUCAGCCAAAAACAAUGGAUUUGACGUUUUCAACGCCCUCGACCUGAUGGAGAACAAAGAGUUUCUCAAGGAGUUGAAGUUUGGGAAAGGAGACGGUAAUUUACAAUACUACCUGUACAACUGGCGAUGCCCUGCCAUCCUACCCCACAAGAUUGGUCUUGUACUGCAGUGAAAGGUCUCCGCAUAGUAAUGAGAAAGCUGUGAUUUCAGUUUCCACACCAGUUGCAAAUUACAAAAUUUUUGAGCACCACUGUUUGUAUUGUAGUCCUUCUUUUUUACUUGAUUGCUAUUAUUAAAUGGGACUCAACAUUGAUAAUAUAACAUUGAAGAUGUUCAUCUCAAA